ACUCCGGCAGGCGGAGAGUCGUCACUUCCGGCGUCCGGAGGCAGCAGAGGAAGCCGAGGUGCGGCCAUCUUGGGUCUGUGAGGCUCGGAGGUGCCGGGGGUGGCGGCAUCGGCGGCCACCUGGGCGAAGGCUGAGGCGGAGAGCGGGCCGGAGAGAGAAAAGCAGCUGGGCGCGGGCCCGUCCUCCGCAGGCCCCCUCCAUGGUUGGCGCCCGCGGCCCGCGGCGGCCUGUCUUGCGCUCCACUUCCUCCACAUCCUCCUCCUCCUGAGGGGCCGCCGGCGGCGCUUGUGUGGGGAGGCCCCGGCGCUGAAAUCCGCGGCGCGACGGGCGGGAGCCGAGGAGGAGGGGAGGGGACCCGGGCUCGCGGGGCGCCCUGAGGCAGGGGACGCCGGCGGGCCGACCCGCAGGCCCGGUCCCGCCGCCGCCUCCGCGGGGCUCCUCGCCGCGGCCGGGGGCACUGGGGGGAGAAUGCGCCCCGGGACCCGGCGGGGGACGGCCCGGGCCCGGCCCGGGGUCUAGACGACCGUGGGGGGGAGGGGAGCCGCCCUCCCCCGCGGCGCUGCUCCGGAACCACUGGUGACUCGAGGACGCCCGUCGCCGACUUCGUCGGGCUGCGCUGUUGUGUUUUCAGCCUGGCAUUGUGCAGAAUUUAAGUGAAGUAAAAUGUCCACUAGGACCCCGUUGCCAACGGUGAAUGAACGGGACACUGAGAACUGUUAGUGGCCCACGAAAUGAGAGUGUUGUGAGAGAUGACACUGGCCAGGGUAAGGAAGACCUUGUUGAUGGCUUCAGUGUGAAAGGUGGGCUAGAAAGGCCCUGGCAGAGGCGGAGGCACACGUCACAUGGAGAUGGGCGUCAAGAAGUGACCUCUCGAACUGGACGCUCUGGAGCUCGGUGUAGAAACUCUCUGGCAUCCUGUGCAGAUGAACAACCUCACAUCGGAAACUACCGACUGUUGAAAACAAUUGGCAAAGGGAAUUUUGCAAAAGUAAAAUUGGCAAGACAUAUCCUUACAGGCAGAGAGGUCGCAAUAAAAAUAAUUGACAAAACUCAGUUGAAUCCCACAAGUCUGCAAAAGCUCUUCAGAGAAGUAAGAAUAAUGAAGAUUUUAAACCAUCCAAACAUAGUGAAGUUAUUUGAAGUCAUCGAAACUGAAAAAACGCUCUACCUAAUCAUGGAAUAUGCAAGUGGAGGUGAAGUGUUUGACUAUUUGGUUGCACAUGGAAGAAUGAAGGAAAAAGAAGCAAGAGCUAAAUUUAGACAGAUAGUGUCUGCAGUGCAGUACUGCCACCAGAAGCGUAUUGUUCACAGAGAUCUCAAGGCUGAAAAUCUAUUGUUAGAUGCUGAUAUGAACAUUAAAAUAGCAGACUUUGGUUUUAGCAAUGAAUUUACUGUUGGCAGUAAACUGGAUACGUUUUGUGGCAGUCCUCCAUAUGCAGCCCCCGAGCUCUUCCAGGGCAAGAAAUACGACGGGCCAGAGGUCGACGUGUGGAGUCUUGGUGUCAUUCUUUACACUCUAGUCAGCGGGUCGCUUCCCUUUGAUGGGCAGAACCUAAAGGAACUAAGAGAGAGAGUGUUACGAGGGAAAUACAGAAUCCCUUUCUACAUGUCCACAGACUGUGAAAACCUUCUCAAACGUUUCUUGGUGCUAAAUCCAAUUAAACGAGGGACUCUAGAGCAAAUCAUGAAGGAUAGGUGGAUCAAUGCAGGGCAUGAGGAGGAUGAACUUAAACCGUUCAUUGAACCAGAACUAGACAUCUCAGACCAGAAAAUAAUAGAUAUUAUGGUGGGAAUGGGAUAUUCACAAGAAGAAAUUCAAGAAUCUCUUAGUAAAAUGAAAUAUGACGAAAUCACAGCUACCUAUUUGUUGUUGGGGAGAAAAUCUUCAGAGCUGGAUGCGAGUGAUUCCAGUUCUAGCAGCAAUCUUUCACUGGCCAAGGUCCGGCCGAGCAGUGAUCUCAAUAACAGUACUGGCCAGUCUCCUCACCACAAGGUGCAGAGAAGCGUUUCUUCAAGCCAGAAGCAGAGACGGUACAGUGACCACGCUGGACCAGCUAUUCCCUCAGUGGUGGCAUAUCCGAAAAGGAGUCAGACCAGCACUGCAGAUAGUGACCUCAAAGAAGAUGGAAUUCCCUCCCGGAAAUCCGGCAGCAGUGCUGUUGGAGGAAAGGGAAUUGCUCCAGCCAGUCCCAUGCUUGGGAAUGCAAGCAAUCCCAAUAAGGCAGAUAUUCCUGAACGCAAGAAAAGCUCCACCGUCCCUAGUAGUAAUGCUGCAUCUGGCGGAAUGACGCGGCGAAAUACUUACGUUUGUAGUGAAAGAACCACAGCUGAUAGACACUCAGUCAUUCAGAAUGGCAAAGAAAACAGCACUGUUCCUGAUCAGAGAACUCCAGUUGCUUCAACACACAGUAUUAGCAGUGCAGCCACCCCUGAUCGAAUCCGCUUCCCACGAGGAACUGCCAGUCGCAGCACUUUCCAUGGCCAGCCCCGGGAGCGGCGGACUGCAACAUACAACGGUCCGCCUGCCUCACCCAGCUUGUCCCAUGAAGCUACACCACUGUCCCAGACUCGAAGCCGUGGCUCCACUAAUCUUUUUAGUAAAUUAACUUCGAAACUAACAAGGAGAAACAUGUCAUUCAGGUUUAUCAAAAGGCUUCCAACUGAAUAUGAGAGGAACGGGAGAUAUGAGGGCUCCAGUCGCAAUGUAUCUGCCGAGCAAAAGGAUGAAAACAAAGAAGCAAAACCUCGUUCCCUGCGCUUUACCUGGAGCAUGAAAACCACUAGUUCCAUGGAUCCCAAUGACAUGAUGCGGGAAAUUCGCAAAGUCCUGGAUGCCAAUAACUGUGACUACGAACAGAGAGAGCGUUUCUUACUCUUCUGUGUCCAUGGCGACGGGCAUGCAGAAAACCUGGUGCAGUGGGAGAUGGAGGUGUGCAAACUGCCAAGACUGUCUCUGAAUGGGGUCCGGUUUAAACGGAUAUCAGGGACGUCCAUAGCUUUCAAAAAUAUUGCUUCCAAAAUUGCCAACGAGCUAAAGCUGUAACCCAGUAAUUAUGGUGUAAAUUAAGUAGCAAUUUCAAGUGUUUUCCUGAACACCAGUGGAAAUGUAUAGAAUAAUAUUUAGGCAAUAACGUCUGCAUCUUCUAAAUCAUGAUAUUAAAGUAUGAGAAUGAGCGCACACCUGGGAGCGAAAGCUGGCCUUUUUUAUAUAAAUGCACUACAUUAAAGCUGUGUGACACGUG